CCUGGCUGUGAGUGGCUGAGUGUGGCUCAGAAAAGUUGUUUUGGUGAACAAUGGCGGACUUGUGGCCGAGCUGGGAUCGAUCCUCCUGUUGAAAACUGGCUUAUUUUUCUUUAUUGUUGUCUUAGAUUUAAGAUAAAUUCAUCAUGCCUCGGCUAGGCCUUGGCUAUGACAUGGACCAGUUCCUGGACCACUGUCGCAUGACGAAGCCUCCUUAUGAGUGCCCCCAUGCCUCGUGUGGCAGAAUAUAUCGUAGCUUGGCAGGGAUUCAGCAUCACAUGACAACAUAUGACCAUGAAAAUCCUCCCCCUAAUGUUGUCACUCCCAAGUCAGCACGGAAGAAAAACAUGAAGAGGCCACCAUCGCCCCUUGCUAGCCAGGAGCCAGAACCCCCUUCAAUACCUUACUCGCAUGAUAUGAAAACAGUAGAGUUUGAGGUAGAUGGAAAAUUGUCACGGCUGUCUGUCUAUGACCCUAUUGAAAUUCUGUCUAAGGAGGAUUAUGAGGCUUCAAUGCCCCCAAUAGUGGAGGAGCCUCCCCCACAGGAGCAGGCUCGUACACCAUCCAUCAAGCCUCUGCCUAAAACUCCAACAUCUAAGGGACCGUCCUCAAAAACAAAUGUGCCCAGCACACCCCUGCCCAAGACACCUUUACAAAAGCCACCUAAGGCUCGAACAAAUGAUAAGGAUCGUGGAGUAGAUGUACAGCGCUAUACUAUUGAAGAGAAGAAGUCUAACAAGCUACCAGAAGCAUCAUUUAGGGUAAUUGAAGAUUACUACAAAAAUCUCCCAGAUGCUCCACCACAGCCCUCCAACUAUUAUAGAUUUAUUGAAAAGAGUUUGGAAGAGUUAGAUGAGGAAGUGGAGUAUGACAUGGAUGAAGAAGAUCGUGCUUGGCUGCAGCUGAUGAAUGACAAAAGGGCUGUAGAUGAACUUCCACCUGUGCAAAUGGAAACUUUCGAAUUGCUUAUGGACCGAUUAGAGAAGGAGUCAUUUUUUCAGGUCUUCCUGGAGCCCAUUGACAGCAUCAGUAAUAUUCCUCCGGCCCGUUGGAAACUCACCUGCUACAUCUGCAAGCAACGAGGUGUUGGUGCUUGUAUCCAGUGCAACAAAGUAAAUUGUUAUACAGCGUUUCAUGUGACUUGUGCUCAACAAGCUGGGCUACACAUGAAGAUUGAUGCAGUGAGAGAGACGAGUGUCAGUGGGACAUCUGUUACUGUGCGCAAGGCUGCAUACUGUGAUAUGCAUACACCGGCAGACUCUGAUGCGCGUCCCCAGCUUGAUGAGAUUAUGGACUCUGCCAAGAAAGCAGCAGCAAAGGCAGCAUCACGUCAGAAAAUGAAGAAAGCCCGAAAGAUAUUAGCUGAGAAACGGUCCGCAGCUCCAAUUGUUUCUGUACCAACUAUACCAGCUGAUCGUCCAAUCCUUCCCUUCUAUUCUGGUGUUGUCAACUCUGUGCCCGUCAUACCCUGUGAAAAUAUUCAGAAAUUGGCAGCCCUGGUUACCAUGCAGAAGAGGUCCCAGUUCAUGCACCGCCUCCUUGCAUAUUGGACUCUAAAGCGUCAGUCACGAAAUGGGGUUCCUCUUCUUCGACGUCUCACCACAUCACACUCACGACGCAACAAUCGGCCGCUAGAGGAUAAAGUAUCCAGCAUGAAGGAUAAGGAAAGAAUUAUUAGUGAGGCUGAGGGACUACGAGAAGAAAUCAAAUACUGGCAGAGACUGCGGCAAGAUUUAGAAAGAGCUCGGCUACUCUGUGAACUAAUAAGAAAGAGAGAGAAGACUAAAAGAGAGUUAGUUAAAGCGAAAGCUGAGGAGAGAAAAGUGCAGCUGGCACCAUUUGUGCACUUGCUGCUGCAAACUAUUGAUCUUAUUCAGGAGAAAGACCAGCAAAUGAUUUUUGCCGAGCCUGUUGAUUUAGUCGAGGUUCAUGACUACUUAGAUGUGGUGAAGCAUCCAAUGGACCUGUCCACGAUGAGACAGAAAGCACAAACUCACCAGUACAGUGAUGUUGACCAAUUUGCCAGUGAUUUUGAGUUAAUGAUUGACAAUUGCCUUAUUUACAAUGCCAAGGAAACUAUAUUUUACCGAACGGCCGUCAAGCUACGGGAUCAAGGUGGUGCUAUAAUUCGACAGCUGAGGAGAAAUGUAGAGAAUAUUGGGUUUGACUUGGAAACAGGUCUUCUCUUACCCCACCGUCCAAAACCUCUACCCGAGUUCUCAGAUAAUAAGAUUCUCAAGGAAGUUGAUGAAGCUCUUGCUGCUGAUGUUGAUGAGUCCUUGAGUUUAGAAGAGAGAGAGAAGACACUGCUGGAGUUACUGGACAAAGCUAACAUGCUGCGACACCACAUUGCUCGUAUUAAACGUGUUAAAGUUAUUAGGAGAGAAAUUGGCAUUGUGAGAAGGAAAUUGGCCUUAAAUCAAUCAGGAAGUCUGUGUCACAAGUCCAGUGCAGAGUAUUAUGACUCUGAUGAUGACUCUGAUAAGGAUGAUUCUGAUAUUGAUGACAGUUCAGUGAUAGAUGAUGAAGCAGAGCCAGGUGAACCAAGUCGUCCUAGCACUCCACCUUCACUGCCAUCACCGAUGGUUGGCUCUCACCUCACCCAUAGUCCAAGCAUGUCCUCAGCACAAGCUAGGGCUUGCAAUGUCUCUUUGUCAACCUCCCUUGCAGCUCCUCGUCAGCAAAGGAUGGUUGGAAUCAAAGGAACAUCUAAGGAGGAACACAAACAGAAGCGAAUAGAUUCUUUUUUCACCCGGGUGAGCAAAACUCCGCAGAGAAUAUUAACUGACCAGCAAGAUCCAGCUCCUGCCAUUGCUGAUGAAGCCAAAGCAGCUAAGCCAGAAAAGGAAGACUCUGCUCAGGAGACUCCCAAGAAGCGUGGACCUGGGCGGCCUCCAAAACGUCUUCGUACUCUCUCUGGACCAUCAGUGAGCCCACCAGCGAAGAAAUUGGUGAGUGAGACAGUAAAUGCAACAUCUCCCACCAAGGAAAGUAGUGAAGAUGGUCCUGAAGAGGAGCCACCUUCUGUGCCCAGCUCACCUUCAGGUGUUAAUCGUCGCACCUCAGUUCUUUUUACAAAGAAAGCUGGAGCGCUGUUUAAGAAACCUGAAAACUCCUCCCCACAGAAGCGAAUAUCUCGCCAGCGUCGGGGAUCUGAAGGCACCCAGGGAACCAAUAGUGAUGCUGAGAGCCCCUCACUGGAAAAGAGUGCAAAGUCAGUUCGCAAGAAGAAGACCCCAUCAGGGAAUGCAAAGACUGGUACCCUGUCAUUUCCAGAGGGCAUCUCCAUCCUAGACCUGUCUGAUACUGGAACUCCUCCAGCUAAAGAUUCAUUCAAAAUGUACCGACAAGGAGGAGAAAUUCCUCCUGAAACAGAUGAAGAUACCCAUUCCGAGUCAAACUCCAGCUUGACAGACACCGAAGAUGAUACUGCCUCUGAAACAGAUUCCGAUGGAGGAGGAAGUGGGAGUGAUUCAAGCAUUGAGGGUGAAUCUCCUGGUUCAGGCCACACAGGAGAUCAAAUACCCCUGGAGCCUCUUGAUUUAGUGUGGGCCAAAUGCCGUGGCUACCCAUGGUAUCCUGCAUUGAUAAUAAACCCCAAAAUGCCAAAGACUGGAUACUUCCACAAUGGUGUACCAAUCCCUGUGCCUCCAGAUGAGGUGCUUGCUCUAGCCAACAAUUACCCAUCACCUAUGUAUCUAGUUCUCUUCUUUGACAACAAGCGGACCUGGCAAUGGCUGCCACGUUUUAAGUUGGAGCCACUAGGUGUGGACUCUACUCUGGAUAAAGCCAAGCUCGUCGAAUCUCGAAAGCCAGCUGAAAGAAAAGCUGUGAAGAAAGCAUACGAGAAGGCUAUAUUGCACCGUUGCCGAGUCACUGGGGAGAACACUGGACUCAGUGGAGAAUCUGAAAAUGAAGAGGCGACGUGAAGUCCAGUCAGUAAUAAGAGUUUUAUAUCAAAACACUGGAGAAAUUUUAGGAAAGGCUCUUGAACAUUUUAUGGUAAUAAGCGAUUAAUUUGUUUGUGCAAAUGCUAGGUGAUAAAAGGAAAUGUAAAUAUUAUUUGCUAGUAGAAUACAUGUACAAUAUAUAUGCGUGUUGGGAUAGGGAAGUCAUCAUACAAGUUAUGGAUGUAAUAUUCAUCAUUUAUUUACAUUAAUAUGGAUAAUAUAUUCACAUCGUGUACCACUGUCUUAUGACAGUAUCAUUCAUGUUUAAACUUAAACAUACACACUGCCAACAACUCCAAGGGUUUAAUCUUUUGAAUCCUUAUUUAUAGUUUAUAAUGACAAAUAUUAUUAUAUGGGAUAUAAUGAGAAUUACAAAGUAACUUUCCAAGUGAAUUUGAUGGAAAGUUCAGUGAACUAGUCACAAUUAUUCCAAAAUUAUUUAUGUACAGUAUUUAUAAAAAAAAAAUCAUCAGUCACAUUUAAUUUUUGUACUAAUUAUUGUAGUCUAAUAAAUUAAUUGUAA